AUGGCGCAACGGAACAUCAUCGACGUCGAGCUCUUGACGGAACAUCUUGGAUAUGCGCCGAUUUCGCUCCUCGAUAGCAUAAUCAACAAUGUCAACGCAGUAGCCGACAAGACCCUCGACCGCGUCGAACAGGGUCUCUCGAAGGCGCCCCCCAAAGCGCUUGGAUUCGAAAAGGCACUGAAGCAGAGGAGGCCUCCCCCGGAUGCGUCGGUUAAUGUCGAGGAGAUGGCGAAGCUCGAGAUCAUCGACGGUGUCCACAAGCUCGAGACCCUGCUGUGCGCGGCCAUCGACAAGAACUUCGACAAGUACGAGCUUUACGUGAUGCAGAACAUCCUAGGCAUCCAGCCGAAUCACCGCAACUGGAUGCGCCUUGCCCACUACCACGGCCUCGAGUUCAACGCUGUCCACGAGGACGCGCCGACGAGGGAGAGUGUCGAUGCGCUGAGGAGGAAGUUGCAGGCGAGCCAGCGGCUGAACGUGAUUUUGCAUGCCGAGGAGGCCAAGAACGCGGCACUGCUGGCAAAGCUGCGCGGGGUCAUUGGCGGUAGGCCCGCCGGCUCGCGGGCUUCGCUGGGAGAGGUUAAGGUUGAAGGGGCGGACGGCAGCGCGCCGUUCCAGUUCUUGCAGGAGAAGGGCGAUCUUACGGAGGGAGACUUCAAGACGCCCCUUACCACAACGACGGCUUUCAACAUGUCACAGCUGCAGGCGCUGCGGGCGCUGUCGACGUCAUUGCGCAAUAUUAUGCCCGACUUGAAGGACCCGUCCAACGUCGAGGAUGGGCCAGAGAAGAACAAGAGCUGGAGGCGGGAGAGGAUGGAGUAUGUCGAGAGUGCGACACGUAAGCAUCUCGAACAUGUGCGAGGCUUGGAGCUGGGGAAGGACGGAGAGGUCCGCGACGGCGAGUGGCAGGGCGAAGGGAGGAAGUUUGCCAUGGGUGAGGUUGAAGGGUUGGAGCAGGUGGUUUCUGGGCUGGGGGGAGGGUCCGAGGAGUCUGCCGAGCAAAACGAUCCCGACGUGAUGGAUGAAUCAUGA